AUGGCGCCCAAGAAAGGUGCCGGCUCUGGUAAAAAUACGCCGAAAAAGUCAAAUCCCACAGUCCCUGAUAGUGAUCACAUCGUUUUCAGUAAUCGCCAGGACGACAAGAAGAAGAAGGAUCAGAAAGAUGCCGAGGCACCUCCACGUCCCGAUACAAAGAAGAUAAUUGGUGGUGCAUCAUGGACGGGAAAGGUUCCUGUUCAACUGCUCUCUGAGCACUGCCAACGUCAGAAGUGGAAUAAACCCGAGUACCAACAACGACAAUUGCCUCCGAAUAAUGAAGGUGAACCCAGAUAUAAAAAUUGGGUCAUCCUCUCGAAGACUGACUCUAAAACGAGAGAAGUGACUCGAUUGCCUCCCUUUCAACUCCCUCCCCAACAUGCUCAUCUUGCAGAGCAGCCAACGGCACUAGAAGCAAAACAUUUUGCUGCCGCUUACACCCUUUUCAGAGUUUUGAGCAUGAAAAACAUUUCAAUGAUACUCCCACCAAAUUACCGUGACUUAUGGAAGGGUGAUUUCCAACAGAUGAAGGAGGAAGAUGUAAAGGAGGACCGGGCAUGGAAAUAUGAUGCCGAUCCUUUCGCGGCCGACACUAAGCGGCAAGAAAUCAAGGCCAGCAUUGAGAAAAGAAGAGAGCAAGCCGCUGUUCAAGCUGCAAGACCCGAAACGAUCACCUUAGUUCAUCCUGGCGCGUCGAAACAACCUACCAAGGCGUGGGACUAUGCCCCAAAACUCGAGCUAGGUGAUUCGAUUCGGACACGUAUCGAAAGCAUCAUCAGAUCGAAGAGCAUCUGGAAUCCAAAUGAUAUUAGGAUCCCUCCAGCUGAGAGAAUGUCUAUCAUUUCUGACCUGUCGAAAUCAGGAUUCAAGACCAACCACGUUGAGGAGGCCGUUGGAUAUUGUGGCAACAGACAAGAAGUGUUGGAGUGGCUGCUCAUUCAUGUGCCUGAAGAUUCAUUGCCUGGCUGGAGCUUCCCACUGGGUUAUAGCGCAGGGGUCAGUUUGGUGACUAAUGAUCUUUCCACUGACGCGAAGAUAAAGAGAAUGAUGCAAGCAGGUUAUUCGAGCCAAAUUUGCAUCCAGGCAUUGAAGGAUAAUGACCGAGAUGAAAGUCUUGCUCUAGAGGCCCUCCAAUCCAAGCUAGUGCUGCCUCUGACAGAUAUCUCGCAGGCCAUAGCUUCAGAUGCCUCUGUCUGGGCCGAUGAGAUCAUGGCUUUAGAGGCAAUCCUCGCAGAGAGAUUCACUUUACGGAGCGAAACCCAUUGCGAAGUCAAGUCUGAUUCGUCGUCUGCAAUCUCAGCCACAUAUUCAUUCCGCCAACCAAAAUAUGGUUACCCAAAUUCCUCAGUACCUGUCUUCUCAAUCGAUGCACCAGGCUUACCCUCCCACACCCGGUUGAGUAUUCUCAAGCGAGGCGUACAAUAUGCUCAGAGCAAUCUACUUGGACAGCAGAUGAUCUUUGGUCUUUUGGACUGGCUUGAGACAUCAGCUUCUGAUAUUAUCCAGAAUCCUUGCCUUCUUACCGAGCUCGAGAUUGUUUCAUCGACCUUGACAUUGCAGGCGUCAAGCACGCCGAACGAUCCUGCCCAGCAGCAAUCCCGCCAUACGACAAGAGGAAACCGACCUCAGCGAAAGGACCUUCGAUCAAGUGCAUCAAUCCUCAAAUCGUGGCAGGCACGACAUGAAAGUGGCCCACAGAUCAAAAUGCGAACCAUCAGACAGAAAUUACCUGCGUGGCAAAAGCAGGCCAGUAUAGUAGAGAUGGUCUCAAAUCAUCAGGUAACCCUCAUCACUGGUGAGACCGGUUCUGGGAAGAGUACACAAGCGAUACAAUUUGUCUUGGACAAUGCAAUUCAGGAUUUGAAGGGUUCAUCGACUAACCUUAUCUGCACUCAGCCCAGGCGAGUGGCAGCGCUGUCUCUUUCGGAGAGAGUGAGUGCAGAAAGGUGCAGUACCGAAGGUGACGAGGUCGGCUACAACAUCCGUGGUGAUUCCAAGUUGUCUGCCGCGACCAAAAUCACUUUCAUGACUACCGGCGUUCUUCUUCGACGCUUACAAGGUGCCACAAGUGUCAAGUCCGCGCUUGCCGAUGUCAGCCAUAUCUUUGUAGACGAGGUUCAUGAGCGCUCGUUGGACACGGAUUUUUUGCUGGCGCUCUUGCGAGACGCUUUGUCAUCAAUGCCUGCAUUGAAGAUUGUUCUGAUGAGCGCGACUCUCGAUGCCGAUGUGUUUGCCAAUUACUUUGGUGGCGAUAGUGUUGGAAGAGUCCACAUUGAAGGCCGUACAUUUCCUGUUCAGGAUCUCUACCUCGACGAUGUCGUCCUACUCACGAAUGGCGCAAAGGCUGCAGCUCAUAACGGUUCUACAGAAGAAUCCGAGGUCCAUAUUGGGAAAUCAAUUCAAGCUUUAGGUGCUGGUAUUAAUUACCAACUUAUCACCUCUCUUAUCCAAAAGAUUGAUGGAGAGCUAGGGGCUCUUGCUGGCGGUAUCUUGAUAUUUCUCCCUGGUGUUCUGGAAAUUGAACGAUGUUUGAGAGCGCUACAAGAUGUUCCUGGUCUACACGGACUUCCACUUCAUGCAUCUCUUACACCUACCGAACAGCGGCUGGUAUUUAGGAGCCCUCCAUCAGGUAAGCGGAAAGUGGUUGUCGCCACAAACGUUGCCGAAACCUCAAUUACCAUCGAAGACAUCGUGGCCGUCAUAGACUCUGGGAAGGUCAAGGAGACUUCAUAUGACCCUGUGUCGAACAUGGUUCGGCUGCAAGAAGUAUGGGCGUCACAGGCUGCUUGCAAGCAAAGGCGUGGUCGAGCUGGUCGAGUCCGGGCUGGAACAUGCUAUAAGCUAUUCACGAAGAAUAUUGAGACGAACAUGGCCCCGGCCCCAGCACCUGAAAUGCACAGAACACCAUUAGAGCAACUUUGUCUGUCUGUGAAAGCAACCGGGGCAGAUCGAAAGGUAGAAGACUUUCUUGCAAGGACGAUAUCGCCUCCAGAUAGCCGUGCUGUUUCCACAGCAAUGGUUACUCUGCAGCGCAUUGGGGCAUUGGAGAACGAUCGUCUGACUGGGUUGGGAACAUAUCUCUCGACGAUUCCUGCCGACCUUCGAUGCGGAAAAUUGCUCGUUUAUGGAGUGCUCUUUGAUUGUGUUGAGACAUGCCUGACUAUCGCAGCCACCCUAACAACGAAAAGUCCAUUCGUGUCGCCGCGAGACAAACGUGAAGAGGCCAAAGAAGCACGUUCAUCCUUCCCCACUUCUGAUGGCGAUUUGCUUCUAGAUAGCCAUGCCUUCCACCAGUGGAAAGAGAGAUCUUCGGAAUUGAGAUACAGAGACCUACAGGACUGGUGCUCAGCAAGAUUCUUGUCUCAGCAAACGCUUCGAGACAUAGAUUCAACGAGACGGCAACUGCUUGAUUCUCUGAUUGAGUCUGGCCUACUAUCUGCGGGAUACUCCUCGAGCAUCGCCGCGCACAAUCGAAACAGUGGGAAUUGUAUGCUGUUGAGAGCGGUGAUUGCAGGUGCCUUGAACCCCCAGGUCUCUAGGAUCCAAAUGCCAGACAAGAAGUACAUCGCAUCAAUGUCUGGUGCCAAAGAGCUCGAUCCGGACGCCAAGACCAUCAAAUACUUCAACCAGGAGAAUGGCAGGGUUUUUGUUCACCCUAGCAGCGUGCUCUUCGAUGCACAAGGCUUCUCAGGCGCGGCUGGCUUCGUCAGCUACUUUACCAAAAUGGAGACUUCAAAGACUUUCGUGCGAGAUCUGACGCCACUGAAUGCAUAUGGUCUCUUGCUUUUCGGAGGGCCUAUUGAAGUGGAAACCUCUGGCGCUGGGCUUCUCGUGGAUGGAUGGCUGAAACUGCGCGGUUGGGCUAGAAUUGGUGUUUUGGCUUCUAGGCUUCGUGCCCUAGUUGACGACGAGCUGAAGAGGCGCAUAGAUUCUUCGGGCUCUCAGGUUCAUGACAGCUCGCUCUUUGAUGUCGUGCGGCAUUUGGUGGAACUCAAUGGGCAGGAUAAAUAG